AUGUGUCCAUCCUCAGAUACCAAAGAUACCCCCCCCCUUCCCCUCUUGCUUAUGAUACUUUUUCCUCACGCCCCUAACGAAUUCCCUUCCCUCCCCUUCAUCCUUGUUUUAUCCUUUUCCUGCCAAAAGCACCCACCACCAGCCCCACUUUCUAGUGCUGCUGCUGAAUGGUUGAUGAUUGACGACCCAUGAUACCUUUCUAUUUAUACUCAUUUUUUUAUACUUUUUUUUGUUAUAAAAAAAGAAAAAUGGCAUUACGAA